UCCACCCUUCUUCUUCACCCGUGCAUCGGACGACCCAAACCCCAAACCCGGAGAGCAUCAGACGUCUGAGAAGGUGUGCGUGCCACAUGACGCGAGUGCACGUGCUCGGAAAGAACUAUUCCUGAAAAUAUAUACAUGUUGGUAAUUAAGGUAGCAUAGUGCAUAUUGUGUAAGUUUAUGUUUUCCUGUGCACAUUUCAUUGAUAAUAAGAAAGCUAGCUGUAACGUACAAGUGCAGCUUGUUGGCUAAUCUGUGAUAAGAAAUGUUAUAAAUGGAUAAGCAUCGUUUAUCCAUUUGCUCUAAAAUGUAGCAAGUCACAUGAAAAAACAAAAACUUAAAUCUAAACUAUACCAUAUCCCAUAUCAUCGUAUAUAGCAUGUAGUUGAGAUUUCUCUUUAGCUUUCCUUCCAUUUGCUGGACAGAUUACUUGUACGCAUUUUCAUUAUCACAAUAAAAGUGAAGAUUGUGUACUUUUUUUUGUGUUUCUUGUAGAUCCUCCACAUGAACCUCAAAGAUAUGAUCUAGGUAGAACAGAAAGUGCAAUACAUGUUUGGUAAGGCGUGGUAUCCAGCACAAAGUACAACAUGUUAUCCAAUCCAAGGAUAUAAAGUUAGAACACACGGACAUGGCCAGCAGUUUGAUCCACUGCACACGUUUGGAUUGUCACUAACACACGUGUUAUUGAAGAGUUAAAAAUGAAGCAAAAUAUAUACAUAGCGUCACGAUAAAACCCAUAAUAACCUUGUAGCGCACCUAACUUUGUUUUCUGUUAGCCUUUUCCAUUCCCUUCCAAACAAAAUUACUUGUCCUAUUUGCCAUGGUCACAUUGAACACAGCAGGCUACUUGGUUCACAUUGAGUGCAAGGGCAGUGCACUACUUUUGCCUCUCCAGAAAUUUCUGCAGACACAGCCCAACACUAGAUAAAUAGGGGGGAAGAACACCCUUCAAGCCCCAACUCACCCAAGCAACAUAACUCAAUCAUGGGUGCAUAGAAAUAUGCCAACCCAUAUCUAUGGGGUCCUUCCCUUGAACUGCUUCUCCAUCCUCUCCAAAGCCACCUUGACCUAGUGCUUGUUUUCUUCCUUGAUCUUCCCUUGAAAUCAUUGAUAGUUACUUGUUGGACAUGGAGCCUGUCUUCUCAAUGGAGGAGAUCCUCGGACCCUUUUGGGACCUGCCAUCACCACCACCACCAGAGCAGCAGCCUCUGGUGAUCGGCACCAGCAGUGUCGUCAUAGAUGGUGUUGUUACUCAUGGUGGUAAUGGGGAGGGUAGCAACAUGAUGGAUCAGAUUCAGAACACCACGGAGUGGACCUUUGAGAGGUUACUGGAAGAGGAGCUUCUAACUGACACAACACCAGUGGCAAACUCUAGUUGCCCAGCCCUAAAUGUUGACCCGGUGGUAGAGGUGGACCAGGGAGCGAUGGCGCCUGAGGCGGUGAGUGCCGUAGGUGAUCCCAUGGAGUACAAUGCCAUACUGAAGAGGAAGCUGGAGGAGGACCUGAUGGCCUUCAAAAUGUGGAGGGCCUCUACUAGUGGUGUGAACUCUGAAGGCUCAAACAAUGAAAAUGGAGGAGAUCUUCAUGUGAGGCUUACUACUAGCUCUUCCUCAAGGGAUCCUUCACCAUCAGAUGAGGAUAUGGAUGGUGAAGUAGAGAUUCUGGGAUUUAAGAUGCCUACUGAGGAAAGAGUGAGGAAAAGAAAGGAAUCUAAUAGAGAAUCAGCCAGACGCUCAAGAUAUAGAAAAGCCGCUCACUUGAAGGAUCUGGAGGACCAGGUAGACAAACUAAAAGCUGAGAAUUCUUGUCUAUUGAGGCGGCUUGCUGCUUUGAACCAGAAGUACAAUGAUGCUACUGUUGACAACAGGGUACUGAAAGCAGACAUGGAGACCCUAAGAGCUAAGGUGAAGAUGGGAGAGGACUCCCUAAAGCGGAUCAUAGAGAUGACCUCACUGACCUCCAUACCCAUUCCAGAGCUUCCCAGCAGCUCUGAUGUUCCAGUGCAUAUCCAAGACAACAUCGUCAACUAUUUCACUACCACCCCAGCAGGCGAUGCUUUGGCUGACAACAGCUUCAUGCCCAUGCCAGACCCAUUGCCAUUGCAACUGCAAGCUGAAGAGCCAACCAUCAAUGGAGCUCUGAAUGCCACAGAGAUGAACCAAAUCGCUACGCACUGCGCGGCAGGGAGCCAACCAUCAAUGCAGCUUAUCCAGGAGACAAUGGGAGCCAUGAUGCCGACCUCCUCCGGAUCAACUCUCCAGGAAUCUGAGCUGUUGGGUCCAAACGAGACCAUAAACAUGCAUAUGUAUUAGGCAUUGCAAGUUUCGUAGUCUCGUGUUGUAGUUAUCGCCUGUGCUUGCACUGCAGGCGGACUUGUGGUUUCUUCUUUAUUGGUGUCGUGGAAUCGCUGGGAACAUUUGCAGCUGUCGCUGAAUAAGGCUGGUUGUCUCCCUUGACAUUUCGAAUAAUUUGACAACCAUGAGUGUUUUGUUUU